CGCCACCGAUCAUGUCCCCCAACUUUGUUUGGCGCGAAUAUCUAUUCCGCCGAUAAAAGAACGAAACUAGGUUCGGAACUUCAUUUCUAAUUCCACAACUCGGGCGAAUUAAACCGAAACAAAAUUAAGAGGACGCUUUCUGCGGUGAAUUUUGCAGCUGAGAUAUGGCUAACAAGCGGUCUUCGAAGCGGAGACGCACGAACCACGCUGUAAAACACCAACAAGAAGAAGAAGAAGAACAAUCAGCGCAGAAAGUGGACGAAGAUAGUGAAAAUUUAGCAGAGAAAUCGGAGAAGAGAGAGACAAAAGAGAAAUCUCCGGUAAUCGUCCUCGCUCACGGAGCCGGUGCUCCUUCCUCCUCUGAUUGGAUGAUUAAGUACUACCUUGGUGCCCAAGAUUUUUUGCUGCCCGGGCUGCCUGAUUGCUCGAGAUUAAUCUUCUCGGGGCUGUUCGACUGUCUAGGUUUCCUAAGUAUAGUCGAGCUAAAGGCUCGACCAGCCUCACACCUCUGCUGUGGUUCAAACGUCCUAACUCAAGACCUGAGCAAGUGUGAACAUGAUAAGGAUGAAAUCAAGAUAAAGAUGGAUAUACAGAAAGUCUUGGCACAAAGAUGGAAAGAUAUGUUGGCAAAGGCGGUAAAUGCUGUUGAAGUAGUGACCUUUGACUAUCCUUAUAUUGCUGGAGGGGAGAGAAGGGCUCCCCCCAAGGCUGAAAAAUUAGUUGAUUUUCACUGUGAUAUUGUUAGAAAGACUGCGGCUAAGUACCCUGGGCAUCCAUUAGUCUUGGCUGGGAAAUCCAUGGGAUCAAGGGUUAGCUGUAUGGUUGCUGGAGAAAAAGAUAUAACUGCUUCAGCUGUAGUUUGUUUGGGAUACCCCCUAAAGGGCAUGAAAGGAGCUGUGAGGGAUGAAACCCUGCUGCAACUCACGGUCCCUGUAAUGUUUGUGCAGGGUAGCAAAGAUGGGCUCUGCCCGCUAGAGAAGUUGGAAGCCGUAAGAAAGAAAAUGAAUGUAGUUACAGAAUUGCAUGUGAUUGAAGGGGGUGACCACUCUUUCAAAAUUGCCAAAAAGCAUUUACAACUGAGGCAAGAAGAAGCAGAAAAUCAGGCUGUUCAAGCUAUUGCGAAAUUUCUUUCGAGCUCUGGCAGAUUAAGAGUCGAAACCGCAGCCAUGACCCUCUUCUCUGCAUCCACAAGCUCACUCGACGGCGUCGGUUCUUCCCCUCCUCGACGGCGACGAGCAUAUCUCGGUGGCGUCGCCUCGAUCAGCCGAGAAUUUAAAUCGCCAUGGGAGGAGACAAAAAUAAAAUGUAUAUUACAAAUCUAUAACCAACAACCUUUUACCCAAAAAUUCCAUCACCUCCAAGGAGGAGGAGACGAAGAGAAUCACCUAGGAGACCGCGUGUAUGGACCCAGCCCGACCAUAGCAGCCUAUCAUGGUAUUAUAGGAGACGACGUUUGUUUGCGGCAUUCCAUCGAACAUCUUGUGGGCCAUAUCGAUCUCGCCGAGGGAUGCGUAUUUGAAGAUGAUAUUGUUGUGAAGGAAAACGGGUUCUUGAUUUGGGAACGAGCCCAUUGUGGUGACGAGAGCGUGGAAAGUUUUGCCCCAUCGAGUGACGGAAUGUUCGCAGGGUCAAGUAGUGCGGCUGCGCGACGGUGGUUUUUGAUGAUUUGGCCAUUGGAAGUGGCUAAGAAGAGAAGCUUUUGGGUCGAAGGAAGAAAUCUGUGGGCAAAUACUUUGAUGUGA